AUGGCCUCUUCAGAUCUGCUUCGGUUGUCUGACAUGGACUCCUGUGAAGUGAGAGACCUCCAUUGGGCUGAAAAGGCAUACUUGCCGCAAGUGACCUUGCGAGCGACUGUGGCUGGCCUUCUUAUUGGCUCGGUAGUGCUCAUCUCCAACUUUCAGUUUGGGCUUCAGACUGGUUGGGUGUCCAUGAUGUCACUCCCAUCUGCUCUUCUUGGGUUCACGUUGUUCAAGCUUCUGCCAUUUGCUCGGAACUUCACUGAUGUUGAAAAUGUCUACAUCCAGAGCGUGUCGGUCGCGGUUGGCACGGGUCCUCUCGCUUAUGGUUUGGUGGGCAUCAUUCCGGCCAUCGAGAAGUUCUUAACGAAGGACGAGAGUGGAACGGGAGCCAGAAUCGUCUUAUCACUUUCACAAUUAAUGGUGUGGUCUCUUGGCUUAGCCAUGUUUGGCGUUUUCUUUGCUAUCCCGCUUCGGAAGCAGGUGAUCAUCACCGAGAAGCUUCCUUUCCCUUCAGGAAGCGCUACUGCCACGCUUAUCUCUGUGCUCCACGGCACAGAAAUGUACGACGAGGAAACAGUGGCUUUACAGAUGGAGGCUUCAGACAUGACGCGUGAUUCGGACAUUUCAAUCGUGAGUGUUCCUCAUGGUGGAGUUAUAUGUCCACUGGACUCAAACGACUUGAGACGCAUUAGCACGGAGAAAACAUAUAAGUCCAACGUCAGAUCUCUUGCAAUCACGUUUUUGAUCUCAGCAGCUUAUACGCUCACAGCAUAUUUUCUUCCUUUCAUAAGGGCCUUGCCUAUUUUCGGACAUAAGAUGUCGAGUGUCUACCAAUGGAACUUUCAGCCUUCACCAGCAUACAUUGGUCAGGGAAUAAUCAUGGGACUUCCCUCGGUUUCCUAUAUGCUUUUCGGGGCCAUUUUGGGCUGGGGAAUCUUGGCUCCACUUGCAAAGUACUUGAAGUGGGCUCCAGGUCCUAUUGAUGAUUGGGUGACUGGGGGUCAGGGCUGGAUCUUGUGGUUGAGUUUGAGUGUGAUGAUUGCAGACUCGUUGGUUUCCUUCGUUGUUGUCACAAUCAAGUCACUCAGCGGGCUCCGGUCUGUUUCAAUUCGUCCAUCCCAAGAAACUCAGCCAUUGUUGAGCGACGAGGAAAACGCCUCUACUUCCACCAAAACCUCCUUUAUUGAUGUGGCUGCAGACCACUUAAUUAGCAAUAGAGUGACAAUUGGAGGAUUGGUCUUAUCUUCGGCAAUUUGUGUAUGGGCUGUGAGAAGCGUCUUUGGAUCACUUGUGCCCUUGUAUGCCACAUUUGUUGCCAUCAUCUUGGCCUUGUUUUUCUCUAUUCUUGGAGUUCGUGCAUUGGGGGAGACAGAUUUAAAUCCAGUCAGUGGUAUUGGAAAGUUGUCGCAAUUAAUCUUUGCAGUGGUCAUCCCUCGCAAUCAUCCAUCUAAAAUCCUAAUCAACUUAAUUGCAGGCGGAAUUGCUGAAGCUGGUGCUCAGCAGGCCGGUGAUCUCAUGCAAGAUUUGAAAACGGGACAUUUACUCGGAGCUUCGCCAAAGGCCCAGUUCAUCGCCCAAUUAAUUGGUACUCUCUACUCUGUCGGAUUGAGCAGUAUCAUGUACAAAGUAUACAAUUCUGUUUACGAGAUUCCGAGCCAAACAUUCAGAAUUCCUACUGCUGUAGUUUGGAUCGACUGCUCCAGGUUGGUUACCGGUGAGGGACUUCCACCUCAUGCCUUUGAGUUCUGUAUGCUCUUUGGAGGAAUUUUUGCUGUUAUCUCCAUUUUGAAGAACACAUUAUCAAAAGCCUCAAAAUACCACAAGUAUUUGAUUUAUUUACCCAAUGGUGUGGCUGUGGGUAUUGGCAUUUAUAACACUCCCAACUUUACCCUUGCUAGAUUUUUGGGUGGGUUGUUGGCGUAUUGUUGGAUUCAUAAAGCAAAGAAGCAUCACGCUGAUCAGAAAGUGAAAAUGGUCAUUAUCAGCAGUGGAUUGGUUUUAGGAGAGGGUCUUUUAAGUGGAUUUACAAUGCUCUUGACGAGUUUAGGAGUACGGCACUUUUAG